AUAGCGCAUAUUUUAUCCUUGGCUCAUUAAAGUUAGAAAUUGUCAUUCAUUUCAUACUAAUUUGUUGAUUCUUUCAAAUAGUGUUUACUUGACCGAUUUUUGACAGACAAUUCGCGUUCGAAUUUUUAUCUUUAUCAUGGAUUCAAAUGUUGAAUAUGACAUACAAGUCGCAUGGAAUACGUUAAAUUUGAUUUCAAAUGAAUACAAUUACAUGUGGGAUAAGCUUGAUAAAUUGGAACUAGUGCUGUAUCAACAACAAAAUGUUAUUUCACAACUAUUAUCAGCUGUUCUUGAAUCGGAAGAGAAUGUUGAUGAAAAAAGUGAAAAAUAUGAAGAAUAUGGUGAAGAUUCAUAUGAAGAAAUCGAGGAUGAAGAAGAAGAAGAAGAAGAUGUAGAAGACGAUGAAGAGUUUGAAGAAGCUCAUGUCGACGAAUCGAACGACAAUAUCAAUGAUGAUAAUGUAAGAGAAGAAAAUGAAGAAGAUUUUGAUGAUCUAGAUGGAAUAAAAGAAUCGAUCGAAAUUCUAGAUGAAGAAUUGCAUAUCAAUAACGAAAAGAAUGAGAUUAAAUAUGAUCGAAGUGAAGAGCAUGUUUAUGAUAAAGUCGUUGUCCCUGAAGAAGAGCCAGAUGAAGAACAGAAUUUAAUUUUCACCUCAGAUGAUUAUGUACAAUUUCGUGAUGAUUCCAGUCCUAUCAUUACACAAAAUGAUUUUGAAAAUCUGAAUCAAAUCAACACAUAUUUUGAUUAUCAGAAUCAGAUUUCAGCCAAAACUACCAAUCAAGAAUCAAACAAAACAGUGGAAUCUGUAGAAUCACGUAGGCCUAGCCUGGUGACAAACAUUUUUCCCGAAAAAAUUCAGCGAAUUGAUUCUGAAUCACGACGAACAAGUCUGGCGACAAAUAUUUUUCCCAACACGACUGAAGAGUCUGAUCCCGUACGAUUACGUAAAUCAAGUUUGAUAACAAAUAUUUUUCCCGAUCCUAUUGUUCAAUCAAAAUCUUCAGAUUUGAAUGUUCAGGAAGAAAAUUUCAAUAAUUUUCGAUUACAGCCCAAUGACAACGAUAAUCGAAAAUUGAAAGCUAAUGAUGAGAAUGAUUAUUUAUCUGUCAAAAAAGAUUACGAACAUCGACCAUCAUUGGUUAAAGAAGCAACAAUUUAUUUAGAUUCUUUUGAUAACAAAGAAUUUAUUGAGGAAGAAAAAAUGACCGAAGAUAUCUUAGAACAAAAAGUGAAAAAAUUGGAUCCUAUACAAACAGAAGAAAAGAAAUCGAUCACUACACAUAUUGUGCCACAGUCUCAAAAUAUCGCUGUAAAAAUGCAAAACGAUAUUCCAACUGCCAGAACUAUGAAGCCAGAUGUUGUGAUAGAAAGCAAUAUACUAACAUCCAUAACGAAUUCGGUUUUCCAAGGUUAUCAAAAUGUAUUCAAUAGAUCAAUUUUCAAAAAAGAAUCACCAUCACCACAACAAUCACCAAUUCAUAAAAUACAACCAAAUGAUAAUAUCAAAAGUUCGAUAAAAAAUAUUUUUGGUGGUUUCAAAUCAUUGCAAGAAUCAAUGAGUGUCGGAAAUAAAGAUGAUAAAGUCAUGGUAAAAAAUCAUCAAUUUUCAUUACCAGAAUUUGAAACUCCGAAUACAAUCGUUGAUCGAAAAACUAAUGAACUAGGGCCAAAAUUAGAACCAAAAACUGAAGAAGCUAUCGGUGAAAGAAAAAUGAGUGGUAAAAUUUUAAAAUUAACCAGCCGUGCUCAAACAAUGCAAGAGGCAAAUACAAUGAUGGAUACAUUAAUUGUUGAACCAACAGUAAAAAACAAUGAUCAUAGCCGAAACAAAUUGGAAAAAAGAUAUUCAGAUGAAUCGAAUACUAUUGCCAUGAUAAUUGAUGAUACUGAGAAUUUUGAAAAAAAUUAUUCAAAUCAAAUCGAACAAGCACAAGAUGAACAAAUUAAAUCAAUUGAUGAUUCACCAUCAAUUAUAGAACAAAAGGAAAUUUCUAAUGAAGAAAAAUAUCAACAACCGUUUCAAACAUUGGAUGUAAAUGUGGAUGACCAAUCCAAAAGUUCUAGCCGUCGUGUAAGCUUUGAACCAUCGAUUACUGAUCAUGAAUCAAGUCCAACUAGAGAAACGAGAAAAUCGUUUUCAGUUUCAUUGGAUGAAUCUGAAUCAGAACAAAUGAUACACGAAAAUCAGGAUAUUUUAUCCGAUAUUAAUCAAAGUCGAAAAAAUAAAAGAAGCCGAACAAAAUGGAUCGCAGCAGUGAGUGGUGCUCGACAAGGAAGUGUAGAUUCAUGUAAAAAUUUAUGGAUGAAGGAGAGCAAUCCAUUUUUCAGUGCCAUAGAUGCAACGCCAGAUAUAAAUCCAAGAAAAAAGUCAAUACCUUUGGUCAGCGAAUUAGUAUUGAAAACUAUGGAAGCGACCAAAAGAAAUUCUGGAUUGAGUUCUAUGAUACCAAGGACCAUUGUAAAUGAUGAAGAAUUGAAAAUGCAUGUCUACAAAAAGACAUUGCAAGCGUUGAUUUACCCGAUUUCCAGUACGACACCCCAUAAUUUUCAUUUAUGGACUGCAACAAGUCCUACUUAUUGCUAUGAAUGCGAAGGCUUAUUAUGGGGUAUUGCACGUCAAGGACUUCGUUGUUCUGAAUGUGGAGUCAAAUGUCAUGAAAAAUGUAAAGAUUUACUUAAUGCUGAUUGUUUACAAAGAGCGGCUGAAAAGAGUAAAAAACAUGGUGCCGAUGAUAAAACUGAUCAUAUAAUCAGUGCAAUGCGGGAAAGAAUGACGACCAGAGAGCGACAAUGUCCAGACGUUUUUGAAUUGAUAAGAUGCGUAUUCAAUAUUGAUAAUAAACACCAUGUUGGACAUAUGAUGGCAGCCAAACAAAGUGUAUUGGAUGGGACAUCAAAAUGGUCAGCAAAAAUUGCAAUCACAGUAAUUUGCGCUCAAGGAUUGAUUGCAAAAGAUAAAAGUGGAACUAGCGAUCCGUAUGUAACGGUACAAGUUGGCAAGACAAAGAAACGAACCCGUACGAUCACACAAGACUUGAAUCCGGUUUGGAAUGAAAAAUUCUUUUUCGAAUGUCAUAAUUCAUCUGAACGAAUGAAAGUCCGCGUUUGGGAUGAAGAUAAUGAUCUUAAAUCAAAAUUAAGACAGAAAUUAACCAGAGAAUCAGACGAUUUUCUUGGACAGACAUUGAUAGAUGUUCGAACAUUAAGUGGUGAAAUGGAUGUUUGGUAUAACUUGGAAAAAAGAACUGAUAAAUCAGCUGUUUCCGGCGCAGUUCGUCUGCAUAUCAAUGUCGAAAUAAAAGGAGAAGAAAAAGUUGCUUCAUAUCAUAUUCAAUAUACUUGCCUGCAUGAGAAUACAUUCAUGCAUUUAUCCGAAAAAAAUAACGGAAUCAUUGUUCUUCCGAAACAAAAAGGCGAAGAUUGUUGGAAAAUAUUCUAUGAGCCACCAGCACAGGAUAUCGUGUACGAAUUCGCUAUGCGUUAUGGAAUUGAACCAAUUUAUCAAGCGAUGACACAUUUUCAUUGUCUUUCGACAAAAUAUAUGUUUCCAGGUGUUCCAGAUGUGAUGAGCACGCUGUUGGCCAAUAUCAAUGCAUUUUAUGCCCAUACUUCAGGUUCGACAGCCGUUUCUGCAAGUGACCAGUUUGCUGCAACUAAUUUUGGGAAAGAAAAAUUUAUAAAAUUAUUGGAUCAAUUACACAAUUCUUUGAGGAUUGAUUUGUCCAUGUAUCGGAAUAAUUUUCAAUCAUCAUCACCUUCAAAACUUCAAGAUCUCAAAUCAACAAUAGAUUUAUUGACAAGUAUAACGUUUUUUCGGAUGAAAGUCUUGGAAUUGGCAAGUCCACCUCGUGCUAGUACCGUUGUGAAAGAUUGUGCAAAAGCGUGUAUUAGAUCAACAUAUCAAUUCUUGUUCGAUAAUUGCUAUGAGCUAUUUGCCAGAGAAUUUCAGCAAAAUGAUCAGGAAAAGAAAAAAUUAGAAGACGAAAGUGAAAAAGGACCAAGUUUAUACAAUCUAGAUUUUUGGACCAGAUUAAUAACAUUGAUUGUAUCGGUUAUUGAAGAAGAUACAAAUAUUUACCCUAUUUUGAACCAGUUCCCACAGGAACUAAAUCUCGGUCAUCUUAGCAUUGAAACAAUGUGGAGUCUGUUUUCUAUCGAUAUCAAAUAUGCUUUGGAAGAACAUGAACAACGACGUUUUUGCAAUAGUCUUGUUUAUAUGAAUUUUCAUUUCAAGAUAAAAUGGUUUUACAAUACCUACUGUAAACAAGUGACGAGUUUUAAAGAUGUCAUUCCCGAAUAUCCAAUCUGGUUUGAACCAUUUGUCAUGCAAUGGCUCAACGAAAAUGAUGAUUCUUCAAUGGAAUAUUUGAAAAAUGCCUUCCAAAAAGAUGCUGAUGAUGAGUUUCAACAAAGUUCUGCCCAUUCAUUAUUUUCAAAUUCAGUAGUCGAUCUAUUCACUCAUCUAACACAAUCAUUUGAUGUUAUUAAUAAACUAGAAUGUCCAGAUCCAGAAGUGGUAAAACGUUAUAUGAAAAGAUUUGCUAAAACCAUCGUAAAAGUAUUGAUUGGUUAUAAUGAUGUAUUGAAAAAAGAAUUUCCCAAAUAUGUUGAACAAGAUAAAAAAGCUUGCAUUCUCAUGAACAAUAUUCAACAAUUGAGGAUACAGUUGGAAAAAUUAUUUGAAUCAAUGGGAGGAGAAAAGCUUGAACAAGACACUGCCAGCAUCUUGACGCAACUUCAACAGACGCUCAAUUCUGCCUUGGAUGAAUUAAGUGGAAUUUUUUCAAAAAGUUUAGAAAAUAACAUUAAACAAAGUGUUCAGGAAAUGGGCGUUCUUUUGUUUCAAGUAAAAAACACGAAUGCAGCUCAAUCAAAACAAGGCGUCAAAAAUGCGGCAGAAAUAUCACAAUGUGCCGAUCAAAUAUUGCAUCCAUUAAUGGAUUUACUGGACAAAAAAUUGACAACAUAUGCUGAAUAUUGUGAACGAACGGUAUUAAAAAGAGUUCUGAAACAAUUAUGGCGAAUUGUUAUCAUAGCGAUUGAAAAACGAAUUGUACUUCCACCCAGUGAAAAAAGUCAUUUGUUACCUACACUUCCGAACACAAAGAUUGAAGAUGUUUCUAGAUUAUUAAAAAACAGUAAACUACCAUCAUUGAAUGUCAUCGAGAAUAUGCAAAGCGCAAAAAGUUUAUCUCCAAAGCAUUGUUCAAUUUUAGAAGAAUCAUUGGAAACGAUAAAACUAUAUUUCCAUGCAAAUGGAAAUGGUUUGAAGAAAUCUUACUUGGAAAAAAGUUCAGAAUUACAGUCAUUGAAAUAUGCCUUAUCACUUUAUACACAAACUACUGAUUCGUUGAUCAAAACUUUUAUAGCUACACAGAGUUCACAAGAUUUGGCUACACAAGAGGAUGGACCAGUCGGUGAAAUAUCGAUUCAAAUUGAUUUAUUCACACAUCCAGGAACUGGAGAGCACAAAGUUACGGUUAAAAUCAUAGCAUGUAAUGAGCUCAAAUGGCCACUCAAUACGAUGUUCAAGCCAUUCGUUGAAAUUAGUAUGAUUGGACCCAAUUUAAGUGACAAAAAAAGAAGAUAUGCCACCAAAUCCAAACAUAAUAAUUGGUCUCCGGCUUAUAAUGAAAUAUUCUAUUUUUUGGUUAGUAAUGAAAAUCAAGUUUCUGGCUUUGAAUUACAAUUCGUUGUAAAAGAUUAUUGUUUUGCAAGAGAAGAUCGUUUGGUUGGCAUCGCUGUGAUACAAUUGAAAGAUAUUAUUGAUCAAGGAAGUUGUUCUUGUUGGCUACCAUUAGCCAAAAGAAUUCAUCUGGAUGAAACUGGCUGGACAAUAUUAAGAAUUCUAUCACAACGAACUAAUGAUGAGGUAGCAAAAGAAUUUGUUAAACUUAAAUCAGAAUCACGUAAUGAUGUGAAUAUUAUACAAAAUUGAUUAUUGAUUAAUGAUUAUACAAAUACAAAAUUUAUGUACACAAUUUGUUUUUUUCAAUAUUAGCGA